AAGCCCUCUCUUCCCAAGCUGGAUAAAGUGGGUUUGCAGUUACGCGGCCUACGACGUCACCUCUCGAUGUCGGUAUCCGCCACCCAGCCUGGAGCCAUCAAUGGCGCGUUAAACCAGGAAACGCCCACUCGCAAGGCUACCAAAAGCCCACACCGAGAAGACAUGUGUUGCAUUUUUGUCCAUGCAGGAGCAGGUUAUCAUAGCCGUGCUAACGAACGCAUCCAUCUGGACGCAUGUAAUGAUGCUGCUCAGAUUGCGAUGCUUAUCUUACGCAACGGAGGCUCUGCUCUAGAUGCCGCUGAAAUGGCUGUGAAGGUUUUGGAAGAUAAAGAGAUCACCAACGCUGGGUUUGGCAGUAAUCUUACUAUGGAUGGCGUUGUGGAGUGCGAUGCAUCUAUAGUUGACCAUCAUGGUCGGAGUGGCGCUGUAGGCGCAGUCUUCAAACUGAGAAAUCCCGUCUGUGUUGCACGUCUAGUUCUGAACCACACUACGGAACCACUUACCCUGCGUCGUGUUCCUCCAAAUCUGCUCGUGGGCCAAGGGGCACUGGACUUUGCGCGUGAAAUGAACAUUCCUGAACUCCCAUAUGACGCAAUGGUCUCCGAUGCUGCGAGAGAGCGAUGGACUCGCUGGAGGGCAGAUCUGAAAGCGGCUGAGCGCAAAGCAAAGAAGAACGGUCAGCACCCAUCAUGUUGGAGAGUCCCACCUGUUGCUUCUCUCGAUGAUGAGGCAGUACAACAAAGAAUGCGGCGUGAACAUACGAACAACUUACUUGCACCUUAUUCGUUUGCCAGUAGUCCACUUCCUCCAGUGUCUCCGGUGGAAUAUGAUAUGGUCUCAUCGACUCCGACUUCCGCUGUAUCACAGCGGACCGCUUCCAUGGGUUUGACAGCUAGUGGUGCUUCAGCAAAAAGUCCCGCAACUGCAAUCCUCGAAGUGCUUCAAGAACCGCCGCCAGUUCGCCCCUUUACCACUGAAGAGUCUUCUCGCAGUGCUUUCAUUAACAGCACCCAGAAGAUUCCAACACUUAGUCAAUGUCAGGGCACAACAACCGAACAAGAUCUCAACCCUGGCCGUAUGGAGAAGGAGAGUGCAAAUCUUAGCACCACCCAGCGUCUGUCUGUCUCUCGCAAGGCGUGGGGGGAUGGCUCUAGUGAAGAGCUAGACUCUACAUCUUCGAUACCUGCCAAAACUCCCGAGCCGUCCUUUGAAGACAGGGAAGAUCAUAUCACUGAUACCGUUGGUGCCAUUGCUGUAGAUGGUGAGGGCAAUAUUGCAUGUGCUGCAAGCUCCGGCGGUAUCGGAAUGAAGUAUCGAGGCCGCGUGGGUCCAGCUGCCCUUGUAGGCGUGGGCGCAGCUGUUGUUCCUCUAGAUCCAGAUGACGAAGACCAGACUUGUGUUGCUACCGUCACCAGCGGUACGGGUGAGCAUAUGGCUACAACGAUGGCCGCGACAGUAUGCGCUGAUCGACUGUACGAGAGCGUCAAAAAAGACAAACGUGGGGGUUUCACAACUGUGACGGAAGACGAAGCGCUCAAGGCGAUGAUUGAAACAGAGUUCAUGGGCCACCCCAGUGUCAAGAACAGCAAUUCAGCUGGCGCAAUUGGAAUUCUUGGGCUCAAGAAGACACGGAACGGGAUUAUGCUUUACUACGGCCACAACACUGAUUCAUUUGCAAUGGCCUCAAUGCACUCUGAUGAAGAAGUCCCUUGGUGCGCUAUGUCACGCAGUAACGGCAAUGCCUCGAUAGCCCAAGGUGGUCGAAUGAUGUCGUAUCAGAGAAAGAAGAAGACCAGGACACGAACUAAGACACCUGGCUCUGCACGUCAGAACCUGCCCUGAACCACUUCGCGCUUUGUUCCGGUGCCAAACUUUACCUACCUGGAAAUGUAUCCAGCAUCUUACUUCCAUCUCCAGUUCAACCCUAUGAAUCACGGUACCUUCCCACUCGAUUAGUUGCCCUAACAUCUCAUAUGACCAACCCCCUGGAUGACACCACGAAAAGCGGCAUUCGGUC